UCAAAGGGAGGUAAUUUUGUCAACUAAAAAGUUGAGAAAAAGGUCAAUGUUUAUUGGGGAAGUAAGAAUUUGGAUGAGGAAGAAGGAGUAUACAACAUAAAGUUUUAAAGCAUUUGACAGAAGAUUGUUCAACUAAACUUAUGAUAAGUUGAUUGUAACAUGUAUGUUUACAUAGUAUGAACGCAAUGCCCGAAAUCAAUAGAGCACCGUUGCAACAGGGAGACUGGUCUUCGUCGAUACAAAUUCAUGGCACACUGUUGAAAAGACCGCUGGGUCACCAAUCGAACAACUGGUCUCGAAGAUUUUUCAUGGUCAAAGAUGGAUUCCUGAUAUAUUAUCCUGAAAAUGAAAAGAAAGAGUUCGAUAAACGCGUGCAUUUUAAUGUUCAUCCAAAGGGAAUUAUACCAUUAGCAGAAUGUGAAUUUAAAGCCAUACGAGAACCAGGUCAUCCAUUUGCUUUUCAAGUAGAGAGUCCAGAAAUUCGUGGUAGACUAAUUUUAGCAGGUGAAAGUGAUUAUGAAAGGAAGCAAUGGAUGGAAACAAUGGUCAACUGUCGCAGAGUAACAUGGAAAAACACAUGUUUAGCUGAUGAAAUGAUUAAAAGACUUGAAUCUCAGGGAUUAGAGAUGGCUAGGGAAAAACAAAAUUAUUUUGAUAGAUUAGUAUCAGAAGUAAAUGCUUUGUCUGAAGAAAAAAUUCGAACAGAGGAAUUAGCUAGGGUAAAUACUGAACUAGAGAAAGAAAAAGAAAAAUUAGAAAAAUUUACAGAAGAGAUCAGAGAAGAGUAUGCUAAAUUAAAAGAUGAGUUAGACGAUACAAGUCAAAUUAUGACAUCAUUAGAUGAAGACAGACAAAAAUUAUCAACAUUACUUUCUGAACAACAGUCACAGUUACAGGAAUUAGAAAAAGACAAAGAAAAGAUUCUCCAAGAUAUGAAGAAUAGGGAAAAAAUGGCUUCCCAGUUAUCAAAAGAAAAGAAACGGAUGUCCGAUGCCAAAAAUCAGCUACACCAACAAUUAUUGGAAAUUGAAAAUAAACAAGAAGAAUUGUUGAAUGAAAAACUGUGUGCUGAAGCCAAAAUUAAAGAAAAUCAAGAAGCUGUGAAACAAAUGGAAGAAGAAAAACAGACAUUGAGUGAACAUGCUCAAGAAUUACAAUCUACUAUAAAGGAUUUAGUAGUACAGAAAGAAUUAACAGAAACAGAGCUGCGAGAUGAGAUUAAAGCCCGAAUAGCUGCUGAAUUAAGAUUAAAAGAAGCAGAGAUGUCACUAAAUAAACUGGAUACAGCAGUUAAUGAAAAAACUUCAUUAGUUGAUGCAGAAACAAAAGAAGAAAUGGCUGUUAAUGUGAAAAAGUUAAAGCAAUUCUUUGAAGAUUUGGCAGAAGAAGCGAAGUUUGCUGCAGAUAAACCAAUUAUUAUGAGGAAUGCUGUAUAUGCUAGGAAAACUAUGGCCAGAAGGGCAAAAACUUUAAAAUUUGAGCGUAGAAAAAGAUCAACUACUCCGCUUGAAUCUUUAUUUUCUGAGGGUGCCAAACUCAAAUAGUAACCAUGGAUAUCAGUAAAUUAAGCAGUUCAGAGAAGAUGUUGAGGCGUUCACUCAGUAAUAUAGAUCACUCAACAAGAGAAAGAAUUCAUGCCAAUUCUCUAACUGAUGUGGAAGAAACUUUUUAACAGUGACGGGCACAUGGUGUGUGAAUGUCCCAUGAAUGCCAUGAUCUGAACUGAUGAACAGGAAUUCAUUUUUUUUCAUUCAUUUCUCUUUUGAGAAUAGAACAUUACGAUAAUUUAAAAAAGAGAUUAUCUAUAUAAUUAUAUCAACUAUAAAUAUAAGAAUGGUGUCUUAAAGAAGGAUUCCUUGAUUUGGUUGGAAAAUAUAAUUUUAGAUUUGAAUAAGUCUGUGUUCAGUUGUUUUGCAGGGGGAAAACCUUUCUGCAUUUAAAAUUUUUCCAUAGAGAAGGUCAGUGCUAUGCAAAGAUAUUGAAAACAAAACCAAAACCAAGGAUUUUCUGUUCUAUUAAGACUACAUUUUUUGGUUGCACCUCUAUUAUCUUUUUACGAUGUCUAAUUUAUCUCUACACAGUUUUGCACUGAUGCAUUGAAUUUUAGCAUAUUAUUGCACCCAAAUAUUUAUUCAUUAAGACACAAAUAUUAAAGUAAGUUCAAUAGAUUUCAUAGAAGAAUAUUAAAUACAUUUAUCCCAUAUUAAGUAAAUAAGUCUUUCAUGUAUAAAUCAAGUCAUACUAGAAUCACUAAGGUAAACAAUGACUUGUUAGAUCAGUUGCUGUAUUGCUACAAUUCGAGAAAAAGUAAGCACAGGAUGUUUAAUCAAUUCAGUUCUUAAACUAAUCCUUUCAUAUUUUGACAAAAACAUUUUUUUGCCAGAUGAUUUGAAAACCCAUUAAUAAAAUUCCCCAAAAUGUUUUUUGCCAGAAUAGUUGAAAUAGCAUUAAUCAAAUGCUCCGAACCCUGUUGUGUAAAAUAAGUACAGUAAUUGAUAGAUAAAACUACAAUGAAUACUUCCAAAAUGGUUUGAAAGUUGUUUCCUCAAUAGGUUGGUUAGAUUUGGUCACUUCCUACUUUCUGUCAGAACAUAGCAUUAAAAUCUCUGAAAUUUGUUACAUUGAUAUUGCCUAAAUGAUGCCUGCAUCCCAAUAUAACAUUUGGAGUUAACUAAAAUGAUAUAGAUAUUAACACUGGUUGUAUACCUUAGUUACGUCAGGAUGAAGUGUAUGUUUGCUUAGAUGAAUAUAAGAGAGUGUAUGUGUAAAAUUAUAACUCAAACAUAUAUAACACGGGAUAUGUUUAGGGCAAUGAUACAAUUUUAGGAUGAAAUGUAUGUUUGCUUAGAUGAAUAUAAGAGAGUGUAUGUGUAAAAUUAUAACUCACAACAUAUAUAACACAGGAUAUGUUUAGGGCAAUGAUACAAUUUUCCAUUUGGGGUAUGUAAGAGGCAGGGUAUGCUUAAUAUUAUUAGAACACUUAAUGUCACUAUCAAUCUUAGUAGGCCCUAUAUGUAAGAAAAUGCAAAAUUUUCAAUUUUAUGAACUUAAUGAAGCUUAAUAUCCAUGUCUUACUUGUUUAUAGCCUGAGAAAAACACUUUGAGAUAAGUAAGUACCUAAAGAUUCAACCAUAUCUAGGAAUUAAGCAGAUCAACGUUUAGUAAUUAAACAGUAACACAUUAAAAACUAUUUGCUUGAUAAAGACAGAAGUAUCCUUGUCAUCUUCAUCGAAAAGUAGCAUAUUAAUAAACCAGUAAUUGUUAUUCCAUAAAUAGUUUUUAGAGUGAUAUUGUUAUAUUGUCUCUGGUGUGUGAAUGUAUGUUGUUAAAUGUAUUGUUCAUUACCUCAUAAUAAAGAUUUAUUAAUGUUACAAAAAAACAUAUUUUUCUAAUGUUGAACUAUAUGUAUGUUAGAAAGGGAGCUGUGAACAGGCAUUGAAAUUUUUGUUAUGGUUGAAUAUAUGUAUUUUCAUAGCAUAGUUUUUUAUGCAAGUUAUAUAUUGUUGAAAUUGUACAGUUCAUGGAGCUUUAGGUUUAUUUUUCAAAUAUAGAAUAUAGUUUAAUGCUUAUUUCUAAUAUCUAUUAAAAAUAUCAAUUAUACAUAUAUAUUAUGCCUUCUUUUUUUUCCUGUUGUAUAUAUUUAAUUAAUUUGUCUUGCUGGAAGGAUGUUAACUUUUAAGUUUGACUAGAAAGUGAUUAGUUUUAAAGAACUACAGACAAAUACUCAGUGAUGCUUAAGUGGAAUGUCUUCCAUUUAGAAAGUUCACCUACCUAUUUCAUAUUCCUCCAAGGAAAUUAUUUAGUGUUUGUUACGGUUCUGUUGUACUUCUUGUGUUAUUAUUAUUAUUAGAUAUGAAUAUUGUUCUACAAGAAGUUCUUUCUUAGCAAAACACCACACUUCUUAAGUUAUACAGUUAAACUACAUAUUUGUUAUUUUUUAAGACACAUGUAUAUUCCAGUUCACUAUAUUUGUUUGCAAUAAUUAAAAUAAGGUGAAGGGAAUACAUUAUAUAUCAAUUUUCUUUUUAAUCCUACAAAUAUUGAAGAAGGGUUUUUUUCAUAAAAGUUUACUAUAUUAUUUGAAUAUUGAAUUUCUCAAGUGAUUUGCUACAAAUUUCAAAAUAUAUUCUCUUUUCCUAUUUCAUGAGCAAUUAUUUUUAAAAUACUAAUUUUGACUAAUUUGUGUGAUUUCUAGUGAUAUUAAUUUUCUUUUUAAUCCUAGUACCAGUAUUAAAGUAGAAUUAAAUUUAGUUUAGUAUAAUGUACUACUAAUUGUGUAGUGAUUUUGUAAUAAUGAUUUACCGCAUUGUUAAAAUUAUUAUUUUUACUUAGUUUAUUAUUAGUGUCAACUUAUUAGAAAUGUAAUUUUAUUAAUUAUUUAAUAGAUAUGAAAAAAAGACUUUAGCUCCGCAGAAGGCUCAACUGUAAGCUCACUACUUUUAAUAUUAUCUUGAGAAGCGUUAAUGUUAUUUCUUUUUACCGGUAUAGCACUAAUUUCAGUGUGAGCGUAUUUUCGUCACCCUGUCUGUCAGUUCGUCUGUGAACCGUUUACUUGUGAAUGCGAUAUAGUCUACAUUUUUAACUGAUUUUUUUUUUUCACAUCUAGUGUGAAGCAUUUCGGUCAUGAAAGAAUGAGCCUUAUUGAUUUUGUGUGUUCUGCGACCUUCCGUAUUGAUGUAAUGUCCAGGCUACUGUUUUUCAAAUUUUGUGUGAGCGUUGUAUGAUCGAGCAUGAACCGUAUUGAUUUUUAGCAUAAUGGAUUUAAAUUUGGUUUGAAGUUUGAACCAUUGGGGUCAUGAGAGGAAAAACUUGAUUUUCUGCAUCUAUGGCCCAUUUUCUGUCAAAAUGUCAGUGUGAGAGAAUGAAACCUAUUGUUUUUCAGCUAGGGGAUGAACCCUGUUGAAUUUCAGAUAAAAGUGUAAAGCAUUGGGCUCAGAGAGGAUGAAUCCUAAAAAUUUUCAGCAUUCUAUAAAUUUCGUAUCCAGAAAAGCUUGAGAACAGAUAGAGAUAAGAUUUCUUUGAGGGCACCCUUUUCAAAUUGGGUCAACAUUCAACUUUUCCUUUCGCAAAUGCUGGUGUCUUUUUUCUUUUUUUUUUAGAUAUAGCUGCUGCGUGGGUGUAUUUCCAAACUUUGCAUGGUUAUCUUUAUUUAUCAGGGCACCUUUCAGCAUUGAUCUCUUCAUAUAUAUUGAUUACCCAUUUUCAUAUUAUUGUUAUUAAUCAAAGUUACCUCUAAAUAAAUGUAUGAACCACAACAUACUGUAUCAACAAAUAACACUUCACUAUACAUUAUCUUCAUUUAUAUGUUUGUUGCAUUGAUAGAAUUUAUACAUUCAUAUAAAUAACUAAUUGUUUAUGCAUGUAGGUAGUUGGUGUUACUAUUCAGUAAAUGUUUUUGUCAGUGUUUAAAUUAACAUAGUUUCAUCUAUUUCCAUCCAAUAUAAGAAGAAAUAUAGUUUUCACAAUAAUUUAAUUACAUAUUGUAACCAUUUGGCCUAUGAAAUGCUCCUUCCACUAUUCUUACAUAAUGGUUUUUCUUUUAAUUUUUUUUUUUUUGCAAUAAACACCUUGUCACCUGUUUAUUGUUUAAUUCAAAUACAUAUAUUUGAAAGCACUGGCUGCCUUUACUAUAUUUGUCCACACUUGCUGUGAUAUAAAUAUGUAGAUAGUACAUACAUACUUUGUAAACUCAGUUAUAUAUAUUGAAAUCAGUUACAUAUUUGAAUGCUGUGCCCAAUUGAAGCCCACUAGAGUGAAAGCUCAACCAAAUUUCUUAUAUUGAAAUAAACAAACAUAAUUAACUGAAUGAUUCCAAAUGUGGCAAAUUUUAUUUACUUCAAAAGCUUGAAAAAGCCCACUAAUGGUUGUACCGGUACAAAUUCUUCAAAUUGCUCAUUUAUUUGUUUCAUGCUUUUCGCUUGUGUAUAUUAUUGGUGGUAAAUUUAACAAGAUUGUGCUGGUUGCUAAAUUGUAUAUAAUGAUAUGUUAUAAGUAAUGUUAAAAAUAUUAAAAGAUUUGUGCUUAUAAA